CGCAACAGCUAACAACCUCCAAGGCUAACCUUUCCGGACACAUACGACAAGAUCCCAUGGCGCCAAGCUUUUUUUAUCUUUGCCCUGGCGCAUUCAAUCGUUGGGUUCGCUUAUGGCAAAAACGAGAGCGCGACAACGCGCGGAAGCAAGGUGAAGGUUAAGCUAGUACCAAGUGGUCGUUGGCAGGAUGAAGUAGCUAAGCAGUUGAGUUGGCGUCAGAGGAACUGGCACUAAAGACCGUAUCUGUUGAGGAAGCCCUUGAUGGUGCGGGGACAUUUGUAGGCAGUGCCAUUUGCACGUCCCGGGUUCGGUCUAGAGGUGCUCGUGUUUGGGACUACGGUCUUGUAGUGGGGUACAAGUGAGAGUCGGCUACCCAACGGGGCUGUCUCGAUGUGAAUUUCGACAACGAGAUAGCGUCUAUUGUGUACUCGCCCGGUUUCACUCAGGAUGUUGCCGUGGAGAUCUAUGCCCUGCGUCCAUGCGGUGGCCAAAGUACCAGUCUUGUCAUGGCAGCAGAAAUGAAGAUGACGCACGAGCUUUUGUACGAACAGUUCAAUCAUAUCGACCUGAACGCUAUAUGAGACUCUGCAGUUCAUCUUACCGAGGUGAAGGGAACGGCGGUGGACGAGUUCAAGAUCAUCACACUUCUCGAUAUUACCAACUUUGAGGUGUCAGAAGUGAACGUCCCGCAUGUUCUCGAUUACGUGUUUUAUAAAGAAGGUGGGCGCCCACAUUCGACUGGUACGAAGGUCGGCGAUACUAUUUUUGACACCAAUCGACCCGAAACCGAGGCCUCGGCCCCCAAUGCUUUGGAGGAGACCGAAUCGAUGUUGAGCGAUGGUCUUAGCGACUCCGAGGAUGACGAGGCAGAGGCGGUGGCGGAGAAAGCGCUCUCAACCAGGAACCAGAAGGCGAAACGUAGGCGAUUAACCCCAGUGGCGACCGCUACAGUUCUUCUCCCUGGGCAAGUUGGCAAAGCGAUUGGAGCCGCUCCGCUAGGUGAAGAAGUGGACCACCUCAUCUCCCUUGAACAUAAUGGUGGCGUUUCCGCCGACAUUGGUCAAUCCGUUGGGCGACGGGAUCUGAAUGCUGCUGAUAAAAACCAAUUUCAACCGACUGGAAUGCUGACGUCCAUUCACUUGGCUCUCGUAAAUGGUAAGUAUGAGCAAAUGACGGCUCAACGUUUUGUCGAAUCUGUGCAGAUUUAUUGGAGAAAGUUUGGUUUCUUUCCACACCCUGCUGUCCUGCGUGCGCUGUUUGGUUGGGACUUGGGUACGAGAGGAUUGUCAAUUUUACAUUUUACCCGGGUGACAGAGUCGGAGAAGAGCUCGAGUUCGAGGAAUGACAUCAGUAACUUCUCAAGGAAGAAUACUCUCCCGGCAGUACCAGCUCCCGCAGAUUUCUCGGUCAUUGUUGGAGCAGUGGAAAUAUUGUGUGCCAUUGCACAGCAGCUCUACAAACCGGUCGUCUACGAAACGCUCAUGGCUGCAUUAAAGUUUAUAGGUGAACUACGGGUUAGAGAGCUACUAUCAUCCCAUGAAGCGUUGAGUGAAGUAGUCGCGUGGCUAGACGACCAGUUAGAACUUUUCCACCUGCAUAUAACUGGAGCGGACUGGCAAGAAUUGGAUAAAGUCAAGUCCGACUUCACUUCAGCCGAUGAGUACUUCGUCCGUGUGCAUCAAAUUAUCCUCCACCAGGAUAUUAUUGCUGCAGUGAAGGUAGUCAACGCGAGCUCUAAUCGGCAGAACUAUCAAGUGAAGAACGAUUCGGAGAGGCGCACGGUCAUUCCUAUUGAAGUUCGCCAAGCACUACCAAAGCAAGGCAAGAAACAAAUCUGCGUGCGCUUCUUAUCUGCUCAAGGGUGCCGGGGUAAGAAUGGUAAUUGUGUCAUUAAGAACCUCUGCCACUUCAAACAUGCCGCGAUACCGGAUAUUGUGCGAUAUUACAUCGACAAAAACUAUGGAGGUUUAGCUGAAGAUCUACAGUGAAGGUGCCUGGACGUGGACGUCGGUCUUGUCACGGCCCAGCUACCGUAUCGAUUACCGGUACAAAAGGAAACACCUACAAUUCCAAGUACUGGACCGCUUGACAGGCUCAAGCCGUCAAUCCCGUCCACUUCAGUACCGCUCGAUCGAUUCGUAUCGAUGAGCGCGUCCACUCUUGGGCCGCUCAGUCGACUCAUGCCGCCGGGCCCGUCCACCUUCCGACCGCUCGAUCGGCUCAUGCCGCCGGGCCCGCCCACACAUCCUUUACUCGGGAGGCCCACGACUCCGAGUCUGACCACCCCUUCUCAACGUGAAGCGAUGAUGUUGGCUUCUGUUAGCAGCUUUAUACGGACGCAACAACAACGGUUUGAGGCAACCACGCUCGCUCGUCAGCGCCUGGCAUCUGUCCACCUGGAAAUCGCUGAGCUCGC